CAACAAACAAACACAGAGCUUCUGCGAGGGCAACGUAGUGUCUGCUGAGGAUAAAGCUGCAUCGAGAUGGCUCUAAACAAGAAACGCAGUCUCAUGGACAGCAUUUUAAGGAAGAACAAUAAUGGACGUCCCAACCAAGAGGAGAAUAGGCCAAGGAACAGUGCUGACCAACCAGAAGAAGACCACACUCAGGACAAGGACAUCCCAUUGGACCUUGCCAUUCUUCUCAAGCUGCCCAGGGAGAAUCCAAACCGGGAAACAGAUGGGCAGCUCAUUGACACACAUGUCAAUCAACAAUUCAAAGAGAUGGGAGAGAAAUUUGACACAAACCUUCCACAGCAUCUCCGAGCUCUUCAUACACAAACACUUGAGGAGCUUUUGAGAGUCACACCGAGCCUGGAUGCAGUUAGGCUGGGAUAUUGGUUGGACAGCUACCACCGUAAGAUGUUUAUCCACCUCCACGAUCUACUGCAGGAGAGCAGCACGGUGCAGCAUCUGCUGCUCCUCUUUAAAUGGGUCCUGCAGACAUACCUGAGCCAGGAUCUGCUUGGACACCCAGACCUUCAGAAAGUGGACCUUCCAAAAACUGUCGAUCUCAUGUUGAUGACAGAAUGGACCUUACUUGCGAAAGAAAAAUUCUCAGCAACAGUAAAGGCGGAAGUGGGUGGGUCUCUGAGUAAAAUCCUACAAUAUGACCAUGAGCAGAAAAGCUGUGAUAACGUGGAAGCGUUUAAUGCGCUACAUGUGGAUGUCAUCCAGUGUAUCCAAGCGAUUCCAGAAGAGGCUAAAAAAAUCGGCAGCUGCCUUUUCAAUAAGACAGUGCACGUUUGCUUCCAGGAGCUCUAUGAGUUUGUAAAUGGGAUUUCCACUGAUGAUGCUGGAUUUCUUCGAAAAAAAUCUGAAAUGACAAAAGCUAAAACCAUACAUUGCUUUUGUUGGUGGAAGAUUUACACUGACUAUGUUCCACUUCUUGGAAAUAAAUCUGAAAUGACUAAAGCUGAAAUGAUACAGUUCAUGAGGACUUUGACAUUUUGCCAACAAAUCAAGAAGUAUGUGGAGGACGUAGGCCACAGUGUCCAAGCAGCUCUCAAACAGAAAAUAAUAACCCAAGUCGACAGCUUGAAGGACAUCACCAUGACGCUUCUGGGGGAAAACAUCACCAUUUUCUUGCAGGAGCACUUAAAGAAAUAUUUCACGUCCUGGAGGCGACAAUCCUACUUCACUGAAGCAAUUACUAUGCUUUUUCCAACCGAAGUCUAUUGCUCAGAGGUGCAGACGCGGGUGGUGAAUGAGAUGUACAAGCUGACGGCACCGCUGUAUCUCAAGCAUCUUGUCAAACACAAAAAACAACUGAAAAAAAGGUGGAGCAGUAACAUUCAACAAGCAGUGAAAGACGACGCUGAGCAGCUUCAUAGCGCCAUGUUGACUCUGGCUGAUGAUGUGGAACAGUUCAACGUCCCACUGAUUCACGCCUCAGAAUUGUUGCAGCCCGGACACAUAGACGGGAAAAAAAUGGAUGUCGCGAUGAUGUCCAAGGAGUGCAUGCAACAAUCGAUGGGAGAGGUUCUACAGCUGAUUCCAGACCUACUGAAAAUGGCUGGACUCUCCAGGGACCAAAGACAGGAAGUACUGAAUGCCCGCUCCUAGCCUGUGGACCAGUUUCUUGGGGUGCUCUGAUCUGCGAUUUGAUUAUUUUUAUUAUCUUUUUUAUUUCUCCUCUCAGACAUUGGUGGUAGCUAUCAUAUAUUCAAGUCAUCUAUUGUUCCUCUUCCCUCUGGCAGGAGGCUACGGUCCAUCCAGACCAGAACCUCCCGUCACAGGAACAGCUUCUUUCCCUCGGCCGUCAGACUGUUAAAUUCGUGAACAGCCUUGUUGUUAUGUUAUUCUAUUUAUUUUAUUUUAUUUGUUUUUUGUUGCACUUUAUUCCAAGGCACUUUCCUAGUCAGUGGGCUCCCCACUGACCAUGGCAAUAAAUUUGAUUCUGAUUCUGAUUUAAAUGACAUAACAAUUCUGAAAAAAAAGUACUUUGUUUGUUCUAAAAAAUGCACUAUGUUUGUGUCUUUUUGCUUGCUAAUUUUGUUGUUUUCUGGAGUGUUUUUUUUUUAUUUUUUUUAAAAAUGUAAAACAGAAAAUAAAA